GCAAGUAUAAAAAGUGAAUGUAAGAUUGUCUCAUGGUAUAACUGACAACAGAAUUGUAAAGACCACACGAAAAAUGAAGACAGUCUGUAACUUUGUUGUCUGUAUUUUAAGUGUUUGCUGUUUAAUUCUUCUGAAUGGAGCCACCUGCGAUGAAGAUACACAUUGUCAACAAGAGUUGAAACAGUUUCAUAAAAACUCAGAGCUGGGUAUGGUUGGAGGAAGAAUGCCGGUUUGUGAUAGCGAGGGGAAGUACGCCCCAAAGCAGUGCUCUGGAUCCCAAUGUUACUGUGUAAAGGAGGACGGUAAACAAAUUGAAGAUUUUGGUGUUAACCGUUGGGAGGCCGAACAACAAACAUGCAAAUGCGCACGUUCUCAAGCCGAGUAUCAGGAUACUGGUAUGAUGGGGAAAUCUUUCCGUUGCACAGCCGAUGGAAGCUAUGAAGAGAUUCAGUGUACAGGGUCACAGUGUUACUGCGCUGACGAAGACGGACAACAAAUUGGAAGUGACAGUGUCCAUAUUGUUUAUCUUGACAAACUUAAUUGUUAAUUUUCUGAAGAUCAUUUUUCUUUCUUUUUCCCACUAUAAUGUUAACUAAUAUUUUGAAAAUGCAACUUGAUCUUAAAAUGAGAAUGUAGCUUGUUAUACUGACAGUGUUUCCAAACAAAAUGUUAUUAAAAGGUAUAUAUAUUU